AUGCCCCGCUCCUUCCUGGUGAAGAAGCCCUCCAGCACCCGCAUCCCCAACUACGGCCAGCUCGACACCCGUGCUCGCGAGCUCGACGGCGUGUGUGACUGCGGGGGGCUGCUCCCCCCCGGCUGCCACCAGCCCCCCGCGCCCCCUGCUCCCCCCCUCCUGCAGGGCCAUGGCCGCCUCCUCGUCCGCUUCUCCCUCCCGCUGCCCCCCGACGCCAAGGCUCCCCCCGUCCCAAGGGGCACCCAGAGCCCAGGCACCCCCCUGAAGGACACCCAAACCCUCAACCUGCCCCCGCGGCGGCGAAGCUUCAGCUGCCGGCACUGCACCCGGGCGUACGCCAGCCUGGGUGCCCUGAAGAUGCACCUCCGCACCCACACCCUGCCCUGCCUCUGCCGCCUCUGCGGCAAAGCCUUCUCCCGGCCCUGGCUGCUCCGGGGCCACAUUCGCACCCACACAGGGGAGAAGCCCUUCGCCUGCCCCCACUGCAGCCGGGCCUUCGCCGACCGCUCCAACCUCCGCGCCCACCUCCAGACCCACGCCGACGUCAAGAAGUACCGGUGCCGCGCCUGCGCCAGGACCUUCUCCCGCAUCUCGCUGCUGGCCCGGCACGAGGAGGGGGGCUGCUGCGGGGCGUCCUGA